AACCAUUUCGCCGGACGCUACAUUUGCAUAAAAGCUGCACGCAACAACGCAUGGAUUAAUGAAGCCGCAUAUCUCCUUCCUUUUUCCUUCCUCUUUUUAAUUUAGAAAAUGUAUAAAAAUGACAGGCGUCUGAAGCCGAAGCACCGGCCGGCAAGUCUUCCGAACUCUUCAGGUCAGCGGGAAUCAACUCGCGCUGUAUUCCCCCAUAAUAUAUUUUCAGCAAUUGUCCACUUCGCAGCCAUUACUCUCAAACCUCAUAUAGGCAUUGGAUUUGAUGGAAUAAUUGAGUUUCUGCGCGGUUUGUGGGGGAAUGUAUGAUCGGGUUACAUCGAAGUAGCAGAAGGAUCUGAACCAGUUUGUUUAUCUGUGGUCUACGAUUGUGAUGGGUUGUUUCUCUUGCUUCGCUUUUGAGGCGGAGCGAUUCGAUUCACGUGGCGAGGGAGAUGCAAAGGAGGAAGGGGAGACCAUGGAAGUUCCUCGCAUGAGGAUAUUAUCUUCUGGAUCGAGCAAAAUCAGAAGCAGAAGCAGCUUGGGUUCCAGAAGGUUAUCGUUGGCUCAGAAGGAUGAGACUGGUGUUACCAUAUCAGCACAGACAUUCACGCUGAAGCAGCUUUCUGCUGCAACAAAGAAUUUUAGGCGAGACUGCUUCAUUGGUGAAGGGGGAUUUGGUCGGGUUUAUAAAGGUCGGCUGGACAGCUCCGGACAGACUGUGGCUAUAAAACGUCUAGAUCAGGAUGGGCUACAGGGGAACAGAGAAUUCCUGGUGGAGGUUCUGAUGUUCAGUCUACUGCACCACCCAAACCUUGUUAAUCUAAUCGGCUAUUGCGCUGAAGGAGAUCAGAGACUUCUGGUGUACGAGUUCAUGCCCCUGGGAUCUCUGGAAGACCAUUUGCACGAUCUCCCACCAGGUAAGGAGGCGCUGGAUUGGAAUACAAGGAUGAGAAUUGCAGCGGGUGCAGCUAGAGGGUUGGAGUAUCUACAUGAUAAAGCGAACCCUCCGGUCAUCUAUAGAGAUUUCAAAUCUUCUAACAUAUUAUUAGAUGAGGGGUUCCAUGCAAAGCUCUCUGAUUUUGGACUUGCAAAGCUUGGUCCAGUUGGCGACAAGUCUCAUGUUUCAACUAGAGUGAUGGGGACUUAUGGAUAUUGUGCUCCAGAAUAUGCUAUGACAGGGCAGCUGACAGCCAAAUCUGAUGUCUAUAGCUUUGGAGUUGUCUUUCUGGAGCUAAUAACUGGAAGAAAGUCCAUUGACAGCACAAGAGCACAUGGAGAACAGAACCUUAUUCGCUGGGCCAAACCAAUGCUCACUGACCACAGAAAGCUUUCCAAGCUUGCUGAUCCAUUGCUCCAAGGACGAUACCCAAUGCGUAGUCUCUACCAAGCCGUUGCAGUGGCGUCCAUGUGCAUCCAAGAGGAGGCAACCACUCGCCCACUCAUUGCUGAUGUUGUUACUGCACUGUCAUACUUAGAAUCACAAACCGAUGAGCCCGCAGGCGUGCCGGUUUAUAGUCAACAACAGAGUAGAGGAUCGAGGGAGGAGAAUCUCGGACGAGGGAAUCAUGAGGAUAGAAGCAAGCGGAAUCUCUGUGGGAUCGAGAAAGGUGAUGUGCCGAAGGAGAUUGGUAGCAUCACGAACAAGGAGAUUGAUAGGCAGCAGGAAGUGGCAAAGGCAAUGAUGUGGGGAGCAAACUGGAGGGAAAAACAACGUGCUACAAUGUAGGAUGCUCUGGCACUUUGAUUGUGGAAGACUAGAGAUUUUUAUAGACUCGCACAUAUCAGUAAAUUAUGAGCAAAAUGGGGGAUGCAGAGUGGAACAUUGUGUAUAUUGUUAGAUGGGUUUUUAACAGCAAAUAUUGCAUAAUUCCACCGUAUGUACAUUGGAUGCCGUAGGUGCGGCCAGAUCUGCCAUUUUUUUUCUGCACUUCUUAGCCGUAGAUGUACAUACGAUUGCACGUAUGUAAUAUUUCAUGGGGUUUUAGGGAGGAGUGCAUUAGUGAAAUUGUUUUUGUUGGGAACAUUGACUCUGUUGAUAUGCUUCUUAUGUUAGUAAAAGUGAGAAAUUUGUU